AUAAACAGCCUGGUUGCUCACACAAAGCCUGUUUGGUGGUAUCUUCACACGGUCAUGAGAGACACUGACCUCAGGCCCUCCUCCCACCUCGGCCUCCCAAAGUGCCCGGAAUUACAGGCGUGAGCCACCGUGCUCGGUCGGCUAAUUUUUUAUUUCUGCAGAGAUGGGAUCUCGCUAUAUUGCCCAGGUUGGUCUCCAUGUUCUGGGCCCACGCCCUCCUCCUGCCCAGCCAGGACAGGGUCUUCCCCAGGCGGAGCCCCUUACGGGCAGGGCGUUCUGUGCAGACACCGCAGUCCUAUGCAGAGUCAACCCCACGCGGCCACAUAACCGUCCAGGGGGCCGGGGGCAGCGCGGUGAAAUGGGAAAGGGUUACACUGGGGGAUCAGGUGCUGGGGACACUGACAUUUUCGCUAUUAUUCUUGAAGCUUUUCCCUAAGUUUGAAAUGACCUAAAAACACGUUGUUUUGAGAUGGAGGCCUCCUGGCACCCGCAGGAGGCGCGGCCGUCGGCGGGUGGGCCGGGCGGGAGGCGCCGGAUGGGUCGCUAGCCCUCCUCCCUCAGGCCAGCCUAGCGCUCCUGCCCCACAGGACCCUGGCCGCAGCCCUGAGAGCUUCCCCGCGCCUCGCCCGCCCGACUGAGCCUGCGCGGAGCCGCCUCACUGUGACUCAGCAAGCGCGCCGCCUGCGAGAAGCGACCAGACGCUUCGAGAAGGGAAGCGGAAGGGCGAGGAGUGGGCGGGCCUGCGCGGCGCGGCGGGGUGGGAUUGGCCGGAUGGCUGGUGACGUCUUCGAGGCGCGCCGAGGCUACUGGGCCGCGGCCUGGCGGGAUUGGCCGGUCUCCGGGAGACGCCGUCGGGGCGCGCCCGGAAACCCGAAGGCCGAGACGUCUCUCAGGUCCGGGGCUGCAGAUAAAUGGCCGCAGGCCGCUGGCGCCGCGAUGUCGCGUUUUGCUGUGGUCGUAAGUGUGCGUCCGACAGCGUCUCGGUCCCAGUGUCGAGGUUCUUUCUGCUUCGGUACCCGGAGCCGACUACGAAGGAGGACACCUGCGUUUCUGUCUCCUCCAUCUGUUACUCACCGCAGGUGCCUGGGUCCCGCACGAGAGCCAGGUGAUAAAACUUAACUCUGCCCUCAGCGUUUUGAGUACUAUUCUCAUAAUGGAGUUUCCUGAUUUGGGGAAGCAUUGUUCAGAAAAAACUUGCAAGCAGCUAGAUUUUCUUCCAGUAAAAUGUGAUGCGUGUAAACAAGAUUUCUGUAAAGACCAUUUUACAUACGCUGCACAUAAGUGUCCGUUUGCAUUCCAGAAGGAUGUUCAGGUCCCGGUAUGCCCACUCUGUAAUACCCCCAUCCCAGUGAAAAAGGGCCAGAUACCAGACGUGGUGGUUAGCAAUCACAUUGACAGACACUGUGACUCUCAUCCUGGGAAGAAGAAAGAGAAGAUUUUUACGUACCGUUGCUCAAAAGAGGGCUGCAAGAAGAAAGAGAUGCUGCAGAUGGCAUGUGCCCAGUGUCACGGCAACUUCUGUAUCCAGCACAGACACCCUUUGGACCACAGCUGCAGACACGGGAGUCGCCCUACUGUCAAAGCCGGGUGUUCACCCAUGACAGCCUCUGAAUCCAAGCCGUCAGGAGAUUUCCUCGCCCUGGCUCCUGGAGGGCUGGCCCAGCGACUCAACUGGUUCACCCGGCUCAUGUGAACGCAGUUAGGUCUGUGUGGGGUGCUGCAGCUCUUCAGUGGUGACCACGGAAAGGCUGCGUGUGUAACUACAGUGUGACGCGAUGCUCCAGUGGUGUGACUUCAGGGUGGAUGAAGGACACAGGACCGGGGCCCCAGGUUACAAAAGCAGCUCACUCCACAAGCUCUCAGCAGCAGCAGCGUCGCAGAGCUGGUUUCUGAAACACCUUUCUGCCCUCCAAGAUCUUCAGACCAACACUUCUGUGUCAUUCAAGACAAACCUGAAGAGAGCUGUUCUUUCUUUGUGGUGGAAAGUAGAGUGAUUAGGUCCUUCCCAUCCGUGCUGCCGUGUGGGUUAUCUCCACUCUAGAAAACUUCCGCACUCGGGUACCCCCGUACUUCUAAUGGCAAAUAGCCUGAAACCUUGAAACUUUCCCAUUGAAAUACACACAUUAGGCUGGGCGUGGUGCCUCACACCUGUAAUCCCAGCAUUUUGGGAGGGCGAGGUGGGUGGAUCACCUAAGG